AUGGCCGACCGCCCGCCGACCGUGCUGCCGCCGCCGCAGCAUCUCGGUAGCAAGAGCGACUUUGACGACAUUGAAGAUCUGAUUGAGCGCAACAAGUGUGCGAAAGAGUACUACAAGCUCGAGGACUGCCUCGCCGAGUACGACCGCAACUGGUCCAAGUGCCAAGCCGUCGUCAAGCUCUUGCGCGAGUGCAACGAGACGCGCAACAAGAAGAAGCACUAG